AUGGUUAAAACAUCUCGAUACAAUCUUUCUAUCGUGCUCUUUGUGGCACUGAGCAGCUUGACCUAUGGUUAUGCCUUCUCCGUUUUCAGUACCUCGAUUGGUCAGCCCGGCUUUUACAAGUAUUUCGAUCUUGCUCUAGAGGGCCCAGGCUCCGACUACACGGCCUCUAUCCUAGGUGCCAUCAAUGCUCUGUUCUCAGCUGGCGCCGCCUUUGGCGCGCUUUCCAUCGCCUGGCUCCCUGAUUGGAUUGGAAGAAAGCUCACUAUCAUCAUUGCGGGUGCCAUCAGCCUUGUCGGCGGUGCUCUUGUGGCCGGAAGUGCAAACAUCCCGAUGCUUGUCGUUGUCAGACUCCUGCAAGGUAUUGGAGUAGGACAGUGUAUUACAAUCACUCCUAUCUAUCUCUCCGAGGUGGCGCCUCCGCAUCGUCGAGGUCUUCUGGCUGGCCAAAAUGCUGUCGGCCUGGUCAUUGGAUACUUCUUGUCGAGUUGGGUUGGAUAUGGUGCAUACUACGCCACAAACGAGACUUUCCAGUGGAGGUUUCCGCUGGCGCUCUCAUGCCUGUUCCCCUUCGUGCUCUUGAUCGGCUCUCCAUGGGUCCCUGAGUCCCCCCGCUGGUUGUUGUGGAAAGAUCGUGCCGACGAGGCCUGGACCAUCACCGAGCGCCUGCACCACGACCCCAAUGACGACACGCAGAUGCAGGCCCGGGAGGAAUUCUAUCAGAUGAAGAAGCAGAUUGAGUUCGACCGCCAGCAGGACUUAUCCAUGUGGUACAUGUUCAAGAAGCCUUCGCUGCGCCGAAGAAUCCUGCUCGGCUGCGGCGUGCUGCUCGGCGGUCAAUCCUGUGGUCCUCUUGUCAUCAACAGUGCGUACUCCGAUUAUGGGGUCCUGCUGUACCAAGGUCUCGGGAUGACUGGCAGUUUGCCCUUGCUGAUGUACGCCAUUUAUGUCGUCGUCGGAGCUUCAGUCAACAUCAUUGCUGCAUUCAUCAUGGACAAAGUGGGCCGUCGACCGCUCUUUUUCAUUGGAUUCCUCGGCACCACUGUCGCUAUGGCGUGUGAGACAGCCUUGGUGUCGAAGUAUGCUGGCACAGACAACAAAGGCGGGAAUGCCGCAGCUGUGUUCUUUCUCUUCCUUUUCGUGACGAUCUACGGACUCGCCAUUGACAACACUGCCUUUGUUUACUGCGCUGAGAUCUUCCCGACGAUGUACCGUGCCAAGGGCAUGGCUCUGGGUCUGUUCGUUUACUACGUAUCGUCAAUCGCCUUCCUCACUCCCGCAGCUACCGCAAUGCAGAACAUUGGCUGGAAGUUCUACCUUGUAUUCACUGCCCGCUUGUCACUCGAGGAGAUUAAUGCUAUCUUCGGUGACAAGGUUGUCGUGGACCUGACCAACGCCACUGCAGAGGAGCGAGCCCGGAUGGACAGUGCCAUUCUCGAGAAGUCGGCUGAGACUGGGGAACACCACGAAUUGUAA